UCUUUCUUUAGUCCAGCUUUGGCUAGAUCAGAAUCUAAGACAGAUGGAGGUUUUAAAAAUAAUUGGAGCUUUGAUCAUGGAGAAGAAAGUGAAGGAGAUACAGAUAAAGAUGAGGCAAAUCUACUCAGUGUAGAUGAAGAUGAGGAUUCUGAGACCUCAAAAGGAAAAAAGUUAAAUCGUCAGUCUGACAUUGUUCCUACUAGUUCUGGUGAUCCCUGGAAGACAUGUGCAAGACGAAACAAGACUGAGAGUUUAAAGCCUUUGAAAGGCAACCCAACUGGACUUAACAUGUUAAGCAACAGUAAGAAAUUGAGUGAGAACAGACAAAAUGCGCCAUUAUGUUCGGGAACUGUGGUUCAUGGCAGACGUUUUCAUCAUGCUAAUGCUCAGAUACCAAUAGUAAGAACUGCAGCCCAAAGCAAUCUGGACCAAAAGGAAAGGAAAGAAUACCCACCUCAUGUCCAAAAAUUUGAAAAUAAUCCUGUAAGGUUAUGUCGGCCCCAAGGUGUGGAUCGUAUAGUGAAGAAAACAGAAGAAUCUGAAUCACACUUGGAGUCUGAAAUUAAAAGAAAAGUAUCACAAAAACGUCACAGUACAACGUAUCAGUGUACUCCAUCUCCUCUGUCUACUGCUAAAAAAAAAUGUUUGACUGAUUUAGAGGAUUUCCAAAGAAAUUGCAGACAAGCUAUAACUUCGAGUGAAUCUACUGGACCAUUAUUAAGAACGUCAAUUCAUCAGAAUUCUGGAGGACAGAAGUCACAAAACACAGCAUUACCACCCAGGAAGUUUUAUGGCAACAGUGUGGGAAAGGUUCCAAUUGAUAUUAUUGUGAAUUGUGAUGAUAGCAGACAGCAUUAUUUGCACACAAAUGGGAAAGUCAUUUUACCUCGGGCAAAAGUAGCCAGAAUCACAACCCUGAAAGAAAGGAAAACAAGCCUGUCGGACCUAAAUGAUCCAAUCAUUUUGUCCAGUGAUGAUGAUGAUGACAGUGACAGGACUAAGGGAAGAAAAAGCGAGUCUCCCCAACCUGCUGAUUCAGCAUGUUCUUCCCCAGCGCCGUCCACUGGGCGAGCGGAAGCAGCCCUACAGGAGGACCCCUGCGGAGCGGAGCAGGAGCUGGGGGGCUGCCCCGAGGACGCAGAGGCGAGCUUAGUCCCGCUGCCACGGAAAGCAAGGAUGAGAGACCAGUUUGGUAAUUCUAUUGUCAACACACCUCUAAAACGUCGCAAGGUGACUUCUCAAGAAGCUUCACUUGAUCCUGUAACUUUAAACUGCCCGAGUUCCUUUGAGAGCGUCGUUUUGAAUUGUCGGAGCAUACAAGUGGGAACACUCUUCCGGCUAUUGAUAGAGCCUGUGAUUUUUUGUUUAGAUUUUAUCAAGAUACAGAUAGAAGAACCAGAAAGUGAUCGUGUAGCGAUUACUUUAAAUACCUCUGAUCUAACUAAAUGUGAAUGGUGUAAUGUCCGAAAAUUACCAGUAGUGUUUCUCCAGACAAUACCAGCAGUUUAUAAGAAGCUGAUCAUGCAGCUGCCAGUGAACGCGGAGGAUCAUAUGUGGAGUGAUCUUAAAGGAGUGAAUAAGAUGGCAAAUUUGGAAGAACAGUACAUCAUUUUAAUUUUUCAAAAUGGCCUAGAUCCUCAGGCCAACAUGGUGUUUGAAAAUAUCAUUACUGAAAUUGGUAUAAAGAAUAAUGUGUCCAAUUUUUUUGCGAAAAUUCCCUUUGAAGAAGCCAGUAGCAAGCUUGUUGCCUGUACAAGGACGUAUGAAGAGAGCAUCAAAGAAAGUUGUGUACAAGAGGAAAACCAAAACAAUGUGUCCCUUGAAUCUAAAAUACAACUUAAAAACAAACAAGAAUUCCAGUUUUUUGAUGAGGAAGAAGAAACCGGAGAGACUCACACCAUCUUCAUGGGCCCUGUAGAGAAAUUGAUAGUCUACCCACCACCUCCAGCUAAGGGAGGUAUCUCUGUUACUAAUGAGGACCUGUACUGUCUAAGUGAAGGAGAAUUUUUAAAUGAUAUUAUUAUAGACUUUUAUUUGAAAUACUUGGUGCUUGAAAAACUGAAGAAAGAAGAGGCUGACCGAAUACAUAUAUUCAGUUCUUUUUUCUAUAAACACCUUAAUCAGAGAGAGAGGAGAAAUCUUCAUGAAACAACUAAUCUGUCAAUCCAGCAAAAGCGACAUGGGAGAGUUAAAACGUGGACCCGGCAUGUAGAUAUAUUUGAGAAGGAUUUUAUUUUUGUACCCAUUAAUGAAGAUGCACACUGGUUUUUGGCUGUUAUAUGUUUCCCUGGUUUGGAAAAACCAAAGUAUGAACCUAAUCCUCAUUACCAUGAAAAUACAGUCAUGCCAAAAUGUCCAACUGUAGAGGAUAGUUGUAUUUAUUCUCCUUCAGCCAGUGAAACGGACAGUUGUUCACAAAACUCUUCUGUCAAGCCUGUAUUUAAGAAGAUGCUAAAGAGAAAGCAUUGCAUAGAUGUAAUUGAUUUAAGUGCUGAACAGGAAGAAAGUGACCCUCCUUAUCAGAGAAACAUGUGCAGUGUGAAAUGUAGUCUGGAAAAGAUAAAUCAUACUGCAAGUGAAAAUGAAGAAUCGAAUAAAGAAGAAUCUGCAUGCCAGAAAGUUAUUAAUAGGAGUAAAAGUGAGAAUGGUCUACAGAAUGAAUAUUUAAGUUCUAUGCACCAUACAGAUGGCUUGAGCAAAAUUAGACUGAACGAGUCAGCCGAAGGCAGUAAAAUGCUUGAAGAUGAGCUCAUCGACCUCUCAGAGGAUCAAGAUAACCAGGAUGACAGCAGUGAUGAUGGAUUCCUUGCUGACAACAACUGCAAUUCAGAAAUAGGACAGUGGCAUUUAAAGCCUACUAUCUGUAAACAACCUUGUAUUCUACUGAUGGACUCACUCAGAGGCCCUUCUCGGUCAAAUGUUGUAAAAAUUCUAAGAGAGUAUUUAGAGGUGGAGUGGGACGUUAAAAAAGGAAGCAAACGAAGCUUUUCCAAAGAUGCCAUGAAAGGCUCGAAUCUGAAGGUCCCCCAGCAAGACAACUUCAGUGACUGCGGCGUGUACAUCCUGCAGUACGUGGAGAGCUUUUUUGAGAAUCCAGUUCUCAAUUUUGACCUACCUAUGAAUUUGGCAAACUGGUUUCCUCCCUCAAGAAUGAGAACAAAAAGAGAAGAAAUCAGAAACAUAAUUCUAAAGCUGCAGGAGGAUCAGAGCCGAGAGAAGCAGCAGCGUAAGGACCCGCACUCGGCAUCUCCGACUGACCCGCUUCCGGGGCUCGUCAGUUUCCUCCAGAAGCUGCGAACUCCAGCGUGGGCUGUAGAUAGUGAAGAACGGUAG